UGAAAUGCGUUUUCAUCUAAACCCAAACGCGAUUGCUCUUUCAACGGCCGAGAUUUGAUCAACAACAUCCAACGGCUCACAAUUAACCAGAUCUACUUUACCUUUCUUCUCACAAAACCCUAUCUUUCCUUCUUCAACAGCGACCUUCCCCAAUUCUUCAGCUUUCACAUCUGAAAUCCUACAAAACUAUCCCAAGAAUGAGGUCGAACCACGCCGCCAUGUUUCUGGCUAGAAUUUUGUCAAAUUCUUCAUCUCAAUUCUCCACUUUUGCCAUCGCUUCUCCACAUUAUCAAUCAUUUCUUGUACCCAGUUUUCAUUUUGAUAAUGCCAGCUGCCAAAUGAGGAGACACUUCUCCGCCUAUCCCAGAUUCGAUUUCGGAACUAUACGUGAGCCCAACGAUGCCGUCGCUCUAUUUCGGGAAAUGGUGAGGACGCAGCCGCUCCCUUAUGUUUCUGUUUUCAGUAAAUUGUUGAGUACUGUGGUGAAGAUGGAACAAUACUCUCUUGCCCUUCAUCUGAUCGACGAAAUGCUUCAAAGGGAUGUUCCUGUAGAUCACUACACAUUGAAUAUUGCGAUUGAUUGCUACUGCCGACAAAAAAGACCUGAUUUUGGGUUUGCGAUCUUAGGCAUUUUUUUCAAGCGUGGGUACGAGCCUACUGUGGUAACCUUUAACACUCUCGUGAAAGGCCUUUUGUUGGUUGGAAGGGUCCCAGAGGCAGCUAAAGUGUUAUGGAAGAUGUCGGUCUACCGAUUAUGCGAGCCCAAUGAACAGACGCAUAGUACUAUGAUUAAUGGGAUAUGCAAAGCUGUAGGUACUCUCCAUGCGCUGGAAUUGCUCUGCUUAUUGGAAAAAGAAAAGGGAAUCUGCAAACCCAAUGUAUAUGCUUAUAGUGCAGUCAUUGAUAGUCUAUUCAAGGAAGGAAAGGUGGACGAUGCUCUCCAACUCUUCUCCUCUUUGGGUGAUAAGGGGAUUUCACCAAAUGUUGUGACAUAUAAUUCAAUGAUUGAGGGGUUUUGCAAUUUGAGAAGAAUGGACGAGGCUCAAGACGUUUUGAAGAAGAUGAUUGCUGAUAAGGUCUGUCCGAAUGUGGUGACAUGUAAUAUCUUUGUGACUGCUUGGUGCAGAGAUGGAAAGGUGCAAGAGGCCGAGCAUAUGUUGGUAUCUAUGAAGGAGAUUGAUGUAAAACCUAACAUUUUCAUUUACACUACAUUGAUAAAUGGGUAUUGUAUGCAAGGAAAAAUGGACGAAGCGGUACGCAUUUUCCAAUUGGCGGUGAAUUAUGGAAUCAAGCCCAAUAUCGUAAGCUACAAUAGCUUGAUGAAUGGGUAUUGCAAAAAGGGCCAAGUCGAUGAAGUUUCACGGCUUUUUACCAUAAUUCCUGCCAAAAGGUUAGAGCGCAAUGUUGUUUCUUAUAAUAUAAUGCUAGAGGCGCUAUUUCGUAAAGGCAGAUGCGAGGACGGUUUGAAUUUGUUCAAAGAGAUGCAAGCUCUAGGAUUGUCUCCUCAUGUGAAGACUUACAAUAUCUUGCUGGAUGGUCUGUGUAAUGCUCAUCGUAUCUCUGAAGCAUUUUCCAUGUUGCAUACCAUGAAAGAUAGAGGAGUCCUUCCAAACAUAGUAACAUACAAUGUUCUCAUUGAGGGAUUGUGCAUUAAUAAUAAAGUCAGAGAAGCAAAAGAUCUGUUCGACGAGCUUCCAUCCAAAGGUCUUCUCAAAAGGAACAAGGCUAGUGAUGCAAUUCCACUGUUGGAAGAGAUGUAUGCAAGGGGUUUCACACUUGUCGAAACUACUUUUUCGAUGUUGAUUGAACCUAUGGUAAGGGAAGGUAGAGAUAGUGUUCUAUUUGAUAAGGUUAAGAAACUCGUACCAAAGGACCACAAUUCUAGAUAGGUGUUAUGUUGUUUUAGAAGUUGAAUAAUUAUUUUACUAGAAAGUAAGGGGAAAGUACAUUUUAUGCUUA